ACCCACACACAUUCGCUACAGCACGACCUAGACUUUCAGUCACUUUCAUUCGUUAAUACCAGCGCAAGAUACCUAAUCUCUCCAACCCACUACCACUCAGCCAUCACCUCGCUCUUCCCCGAGUCGAUUUAAUAUCAGUCAAAAUGAAGUACUCCGCUGCCACCGUUCUCGCUGCCGCCACCGCCGUCAUGGCCGGCGCCUACGGCAACAACGUCACCUACACCACCGAGGUCGUUGAGGUUUACACCACCUACUGCCCUGAGCCCACCACCCUCACCCACGGCGACAAGACCUACACCAUCACCAAGCCCACCACUCUGACCAUCACGGACUGCCCUUGCACCAUCUCCAAGCCCGUCCUGACCACCUCGGUCGUUGAGUGCCACGACUGCGCUCCCCCCGCCAAGCCCACCUACACUGCCCCCGCGGUUCCCCACGUCCCUGCCCCGGUUCCCGGCCACAACCAGACCACCACCAAGGUCGUUGUCCCCGUCCCCACCACCAAGGCCCCUGAGACCGUCCCCACCGCCGGUGCUGGCAAGGUCGCCGCCCUCUCUGGCGCCGGUCUGGCCGGUGUCCUCGGUCUCGCCGCUUUCGUCCUGUAAAUUCGCUACCUUUGAGGUCAACACUCGGCGUUCGCGUCUCUGCCUCGGUCGCCCGCAACGGUCAAGGGGGUGGCGACGCAGCCACGCGACAAUCAGCAUGACGCGGACGGCGAGCGCUCUUAGUGUGGAGUUUGCGGGCGUUGCGGGGUUGUUCGGAUACCCAGGAUCUUCGGGAGGUGUUGCCGGCGGUCGGGCGGUCUGGACAUAAUUGGGCUCGCCAGCCGGCAGUCGAUAUCAACAAAUCCAGUACAUUCUUGUACCUGCUUCGUGCGCACAUCUCGGGUGAUUUCGUCACAAGUGAGGAGGAAGAGGAAAUGAGGAGGCUCGACUUCUCGCCCACGGAGGAUUCUGUCUUGCUCAAGAUACCUGUGUGUGCGGUCUAUACCAAUUUUUGCCCUGGGGUUCCUGGGGAGAGGAAUAUUAAUGUGUUCACGAUGGAGCGCAGCGUUUCAUGGCUCUGAUCAUACGAAAGAAAAUCGAUCCCAUAUUUUGUUCCUCCCUCUACCUAGUGGCAAACUUGUGGUAUCCGUUCCUCGUCGGAUGUUUUAUGGCUCUCCUGUACAAGCUAGACCUGAGUUUCUGUAGUUCCCAUAAUGAAACGCAGCACGGAGAGACCACUUUUGGUCCGACAGC